AAUUUCGUGAACAUUGCCAAUUUAGACGAUAUUUCCAUUAAUGACCUAUGCACAAAACGUGAUAGGCUCAAUGUGGCUUUUAAAGAAUACGAAGCCCUAUGUAAAGAUAUUCUCGGUCUUGACUCCGCCGACGAGGAGGAUGUGGAGUCGGUGGAGGACAAUUAUUUUAAAACUUUAUCAGCCUUUGACAAACGCAUCAAGCCUCUUGAUUCAAACCCUUCAGGCUCUUCCACUCAUGAAAAAACACAUAAAACUAAAUUACCACCUAUAUCCAUAAAACCCUUUGAGGGCACAUACACAGAAUAUGUUCCAUUUAUCAAUUUAUUUAAUUCAUUAAUUCAUAAUGACAAAAGCCUAGACAAUAUACAAAAAUUCUAUUAUUUAAGAACAUUGUUAAAGGGUGAGCCAUUCGAUUUAGUCAAAAACUUGCCGGUCGAAGCUGUCAGUUAUGAUGCAGCUUUAAAUUUACUAAAAAAUAGAUAUGAAAAUAAAUAUAGAAUAAUCUCUGAGCACAUUUGCAAGCUAUUAGACUUAAAACAAAUAGUAAAAUCAACAGCAGUCUCACUCAGAGAAUUUAUUUCAACAGUUAGGCAGCAAAUAGCCGCCAUCAAAUAUCAAGAACCUAAUGUUAUAUACUGGGAUGCUAUAUUGUUGUGUAUUCUCUCUCGCAAACUAGACAGUUACACUGCGAAGGCCUACCAACUUGACCGGGAUAUGAAUGCUAAGCCGCAAUUGGAGGAUUUUCUCAAUUACAUUGAGAACCGAGCCAAUGCACUGGAGAAUGUCGAGCAGGGACAUCAACCCCAUCCUGGUAAUAGUAGCAGUAAGGUAGCAGCAGUCGCCACUACAGGAGCAACAUGCACUUACUGUCAGCAUGGUGGCAAAUGCAGGUUUCACUUCCGGUGCUCAGAGUGCAAGAAGCCUCAUAACACUCUGCUUCACUGCAAUUUAAGUGAAACCCCACCAGCUGUCACCUUAUCAAGUAAUGUUGAUAACAAUGUACUUUUGCCUACAGCUAAAAUCAAGGUAGUAGCAAGGGAUGGUACUCAAUACAUUAUCAAGGCGUUACUGGACAGCGGAUCUCAAGUUUCAUUUAUAACCACAAAGGUUGUUCAGCUAUUAGGAUUAACGCCCUUGCAAAGUGAUACUUGUAUUAUUGGAAUCACUAAUGAAAAGAGUAAUAUUAAGUACUGCAUUCCUAUUGAAAUUCAUUCAUUAAAUUCACCAUUCAAGACAACAGUAACUUGUCAUGUACUUAAAGAUGUUACAUGCAAAUUACCGCAAAACAAAUUUGAUGUCUCUAGGGUCAUUAUACCACCCAACAUUAUAUUGGCAGAUGACCAAUUUAAUGUUCCUAGUGAAAUCAACAUGUUAUUAGGGGCUGAUGUAUUUUUCCAGACGCUAUUGCCCAACGAGCAGUGCAUGACCAUCAGCCUGCCCAGCCACAGCAACCAGUCAUCAGCUGUGCCCCGGAGUGCUGCUCAUCCACCACAACAGCCUAGUAGCACACAGCUACACGUCUUCAACACAUACUUCGGGCACAUUGUAGGAGGGAAUCUGCCACCUAAGGUAUCUCAACAAACAUGUAAUAGUGUAGUUUUGAAAUGUGAAUUAGGUCUCAAUGAGACACUUGCCAAGUUUUGGACAAAUGAAAAAGUUCCAGAGAGAUUUGUUGAACAAACAUCUGAGCAAGAACUUUGUGAAAAAAUCUUUCAAAGUUCAGUUAAAUUAGUUAAUAACCAGUUUGAAGUUCCUAUACCUUUAAAAAUACCUUUGUCAGAUGUAAACGAUACUCUUGGUGAGUCUUUUCACUUAGCAUUAAAAAGGUUUUUGAAUUUGGAAAAGAGAUUGCAUAGUAAUCCUGAUUUAUUCAUGCAAUAUCAAAAUUUCAUUCAUGAAUAUCUAUCUCUUGGUCAUGGUCAUUAUGUUGAUAUAGAAUUGUAUGAUUUAUGUAAGCAUGCAGUAUAUUUUUUGCCACACCAUGCGGUUAUUAAUAAAAAUAGCAAAACUACAAAGCUUCGCACAGUGUUUGAUGGCUCAAUGAAAACAAACAAAAAAGUUUCUUUGAAUGAUUUACAACUUAAUGGGCCAGUGGUUCAAAAGGAAUUAUUUGAUAUCAUUUUAUUAUUUCGUUUAGGUAGAUACACAUUUACUACAGAUAUAAGGCGUAUGUUUAGAAAUAUUAAAAUAGACCCUCAAUACACUUCCCUUCAAAAUAUUUUGUGGAGGGACAAUCCGGACGAGCCAGUUAAGUGUAUUAGAUUAGACACAGUUACAUAUGGCUUGAAAAGUUCAAGUUACUUAGCAACUCGUUGUAUAGAUGAGCUAGCAAAUAAAUAUGAAAAGUUAUACCCACUAGCUUCAUCCAUUAUCAAAAAUAAUCAGUAUGUUGAUGAUAUUAUAUAUAGUAAUAAUAAUUUAGAAACCACUGUCAGUGCCAGAGACCAACUUCGUGAUUUGCUUAAAUUAGGUAGUUUUAACACUCAUAAAUGGUCAUCAAAUAAUGAAAAUGUGUUAAGUACUAUACCAUCAAACGAAAGACAUUUUGAUAGUUUAGAAUUGCAAAAAGAUAAUUAUUAUAUGAAAGCCCUAGGACUUCAAAUAAAUGUAAAGGAUGAUCACUUUAUAAUCUCUACUCCAGAACCAUUUGAUACAAAAAAGGUUACAAAAAGGAGCAUACUUAGUUAUAUAGGUAGAUUCUAUGACCCAAUGGGAUUUGUGAGCCCAAUUGUGGUCACAGCAAAGGCCAUAAUGCAAAAAUUAUGGUUACUGAACACAGGUUGGAAUGACAGUCCGCCUGCAAAUGUUCAGCAAGAAUGGUUUAAUUAUACCAAUAAUUUAGCUGCAAUGCAGCCUAUCCUAUUAGAUAGGAAUAUUAGUGUUUCAGAAGGAGACUCGGCAGAUUUAAUCGGCUUUGCUGACGCUUCGAGUAAGACAGCCUACGGAUGCUGUGUGUACCUGCGAGUCACAGACCAAACAGGUACAACGAAAUUGCAUCUACUUUGUUCGAAGUCGCGAAUCAAUCCUAUCCAAAAGAAAGGCAUGACUGUGCCAAGGCUUGAAUUGAAUGCUGCACUCUUGCUAUCAAAAUUGGUUUUGAGGACUCAUGAUACACUCAGAGUCAAAAUUAACAUCAGGCAUGUUUGUUUAUUCAGCGACUCGCAAAUCGUUCUUGCAUGGCUAAACACUGAGCUAACAAAACUUCAAGCUUACGUAUCGAACAGAGUAAGUGUAAUUCGUCAAAACACAUCUGGAUACAGUUGGCAUUAUGUCAAUACGCAUGACAAUCCUGCUGAUCUCAUUAGCCGAGGCGUCAACCCGAAUGAGCUGAGUAGCUGCGAUAUUUGGUGGAAUGGCCCUAAGUUCCUGCAAAACAGUGAGUACAAGUUUGCUGCUUAUAGCUCACCAGCUGAGUCACUCACAGAGGAGCGCUGCUUAGCUCCUUCCAGCAACUUGGUGUGCCAAAAUCCCAAUCCGCUUGACUAUGUGUUCAAGCGCUUGCAUAAUUACUCUAAUAUAAAUAAAAUAGUAAGGCUAUUAGCAUACAUAUUGCGAUUUUUAAACAAUAUUAACAAAAAUAAUUCUAAAAUAAAUACAAACUAUCUGCAAAGUUCUGAGUUAGAUAAUGCAUUAAUGUUACUUAUUAAAUAUGAACAAAGUAUAUAUUUUAAAUCUGAAAUCAAAGCAAUAAGCAAUAAUAAGAGCUUGAAGGGGAAUCUAGUUGAGUUGCAUCCCUUUCUUGACAAUAGGGGUCUAUUGCGCGUUGGUGGCAGGCUGCAUUAUGCUAAUAUAGCUUAUUCACAAAAACAUCCUGUCAUACUACCUAAGGGCUCUUCAAUUACUAGCUUGCUUAUAAGGUGUGAACAUGAAAGGCUACUGCACGCAGGGCCUAAGCUUUUACUCUCGCAUCUCAAUCAAAGGUUUUGGAUUGUUAAUGGCUUAUUAGAAGUUAAGAAAGUAACUCACAAAUGUAUUGUAUGUUUCAGACAAAAGGCCUUAGCAGCCAAGCAACUGAUGGGCUCCUUGCCGGCUGCACGUGUAACAGCCACCAGCAGGCCAUUUGAGAAAGUCGGCGUGGAUUUCGCUGGGCCAAUUGAUGUGAAACUCUCGCGUAAGACGAUCUUUAAUAGGUAAAGGGUAUAUCUGUGUAUUCGUAUGUUUCGCGACAAAAGCAGUUCACUUAGAACUUGCAUCAGAUUUGACCACGGAAACCUUUCUUGCGUGCUUAAGGAGAUUUAUCUCCAGACGAGGUUUGCCCACCGAAAUUCACUGCGACAAUGCAAGUACUUUUAAAAGUGCAAGGAGUCAAUUAGUUGAGCUCUACAAGCUGCAAGCUUCGCAGAGCCACCAAAUGCAGGUUCAAAGAUUUACCGCCGAGCGUGGGAUACAAUUUCACUUUAUACCAUGUUACUCACCUACAUUUGGCGGGCUCUGGGAAGCGGCAGUUAAGAGCACGAAGUUUCACUUAAAAAGAAUAUUACAAAAAACCGUUCUAACUUAUGAACAGCUUAAUACUGUAUUAACUGAAAUCGAAGCAGUGCUUAAUUCUAGGCCACUCUUACCUUUAUCUUCAAACUCUGAUGAUUAUUGUUAUUUAACACCUGGUCACUUUAUUAUAGGUAGUGCUUUGUCAAUGUAUCCUGAAAUAAAUGUAUGCAACGUUCCACAAAAUAGACUUAAGUUUUGGCAACUAUGUAAUUCUUUAAAACAAUCCUUUUGGAAAGUGUGGCACCAAUGUUAUUUAAAUUUAUUACAAAACAGGCCUAAGUGGCGUGAUACAGUUUGUAAUGUUAAGUUAGGCAACUUAGUUAUUUUAAAAGAGGACAAUAUUCCUCCUAUGUCAUGGCCAAUGGCACGAAUUGUUAAAUUAUUUCCAGGACAUGAUGGAAAAAUUAGGGCAGUUGAUGUUAGGACACCAAAUGGGAAAACCCAUACCCGUGCCAUCAAUAAAAUUUGUUUACUGCCAAUAGAAUAUGAUGAUAGUACUUAAGAAAUUGUAUUAAUGUUUAAUAAUAAGUCAUAUUUGUAAAACCAUAUAAGUUAUAGUUUUUUACUCUUAUGUAGUGUAAAACAUAAUUGUAAGUUAUUGUAUAAGUAAUAAAUAGAUAAAUACAUAGCAUAAAUAAUAAUGUAACCUUCACUCUAGUUUCUUUUGAUUUAUUUCAAAUAAUUGUUAUUUGUGUUUUCUGUGAGGCCGCAGCAUGUUGGAUUUUAUAAAUUGCAACAUUAACUUAAUUUUUAUUAUAUUUUUGUACUGUGGCAACUUUUCUCUCUCUUGCUCUGCGACACGGACCGAAUACACGUAUGUAAUUAUUUGCAA